AGGGGCGUGGCCUCCGCCCCGCCGCCUCACGGGUCCGCCGCCAUCUUGUUUCUCGGCCGCCGGGCGCGCGCUCUGCUCCGGCCGCACCCCUCCCCCUCCCUCCCGCCUCCCGCCAGCCGGGCCGGAGGCAGCGCGGCCGCCGGGCGGAGGAGGCGGAGGUCGCGGCGCCGACCGGCACGUUCCCAGCAUGUCUACAGAUGGCAGCUUCGGCACAGGCAGCAGCAGCGAUGCCCAGCAGAGCCUGCAGUCCUUCUGGCCCCGCGUCAUGGAGGAGAUCCGCAACCUCACGGUGAAAGACUUCAGGGUUCAGGAGCUGCCCCUGGCUCGGAUUAAGAAGAUAAUGAAACUAGAUGAAGAUGUGAAGAUGAUUAGUGCUGAGGCUCCUGUGUUGUUCGCCAAGGCAGCUCAGAUAUUCAUAACAGAACUGACUUUGAGGGCCUGGAUCCACACAGAAGACAACAAGCGCAGGACUCUGCAGAGGAAUGACAUUGCCAUGGCAAUUACAAAGUUUGAUCAAUUUGACUUUCUUAUUGACAUCGUCCCAAGAGAUGAGCUGAAGCCUCCGAAGCGUCAGGAAGAGGUACGUCAGGCUGUGACCCCAGCUGAACCCGUGCAGUAUUAUUUCACGCUUGCUCAGCAGCCUGCUGCAGUGCAGGUCCAGGGGCAGCAGCAAGGACAGCAGACCACGACAUCUACAACCACCAUCCAGCCGGGGCAGAUCAUCAUUGCACAGCCACAGCAGGGGCAGGUGGGAGAAGGCCAGCAGGUGCAGAUUGUGCAGGCCCAGCCACAAGGACAGAGCCAGCAGGCACAGAGUGGGACCGGGCAGACCAUGCAAGUCAUGCAGCAGAUCAUCACCAACACGGGGGAGAUCCAGCAGAUCCCGCAUGUUGAAGAACCACAGUCUGUGCUGGAGGAAACACCUUUCCCUUCUUUGCUUCCAGCGAGUGAAAUACAGCAGAACACGGAGCCACGCACUCACCAUGAGAGCAGAGUGCCUGGGAAGCACACGUUGUGUGGAUUCACAGAGUUACAGUCCUUGGUCUAUUCACUGCUGCUCUCUGUUCUGCUCUCUUUCUGCUCCUCUUUUAUUCUUUCUCCCCUAAAUCUCCUUCCUAUCUUGGUGCAAUUAGUGUUACCUUCUGGCAGUUCUUUUCACUCUGCUGUCUGUUAGGGUUCAGCUCAAAAUCUUCCUUAACACGAAUGCAAAAGGCUGAAACACAGAACUGGUAGCAUCUGCUAACAUAGAAGUGUUGGGAGAAUGGCCUUCUUAAACAAACGGAGUAAAGCUGGAAGGAAGGCAGUAAAUGCAUCCAUUAAAUAGCAGCCAUUUGUUUGCCCACGUGAAUUCUGUGUUAAAUUUCAUCCAUGCCUUUGCCUUGACCUUGCUGGGAUGGCUCUUUGGAGGUUGCCCUCAUUUCUGGAAGAACAGUGAAUUGCUUCCAUCCAUUCUGUUGGGAGCGUGGUUGAAAUGGAAGCAGGAAGCUGCAGUGUGGAGAACUUGCUCAGCAGGCAGAGCUCAGUGCAGAAAUGGAUUCUUCACUGAAAUGUGUGCUUGUGUGGAGUUGAUUUGAUCCUGAAAUAAUAUUGGUGCUUUUGGACACAACUGGGAAGGCAGCAGUGGGUGGCAGUGCCAGGGCUGUAUGCCAGGGGCUCCAGCCAUGGUCACUAAAGGUGUUCAGGUGCUCUGCAUGCCUUCCUUUCCCCUCCUUAAAAACAAAAAAUACCUCAAAAUAUUUUGUAUGUAAUGCACCGUAAGGCUGUGAAUCAAAGUGUUCCGAAGUUAAACAGUGCAACAUGAAGAACUCAGUGGUAGUCUCAAUCACCUGGUGACCUUUUUAUUGCCUCUCAGUGUGUCUUAGUCCCACUAGCUGCUUCUGUCACAGAAAACCCAAACUGAGAGCUGAGGUUACUAAGGUGGCUCUGCUCAGACCCCUCUCCCCAGGCAUCCAAGAUCCAGGCUGUAGGAAAUAAAUGAACUUGCAUUGGAAUGUGACACACAGCGCUGACACAAAGCGUUGGCCUUUGCCAGGUAAAGAAGAGUUGCACUUAAGGGCUCUAGAUAUUAUCUUGUGAUAUCCCUGAGUUUUGUCAUCUCUACUGUCUUCAAUUAUUUGAAAAUUUCCUGUGUUUUCUUUAUGUUUUUGGCAGCAUGUAGCAGGAGUGUCGUGAUGUGCAGCUAGCUCGGAGGAGUUGUCUGUAUGUGAAAUGAUAGAUCAAGCAGUAGCUGCAUUCUGGUGACUAAAAGGGAAAAUAAGUGUUCUUGAUGCUCUGAAACAAAGCACUUAAUAUGCUUUAGCUACUAACUGGCCUUUUGUCCUGGAGAAGGAAGUCCUGUUAUUCUUCAUGGUUCUCCUUCAAGAGCCUGGAGGAGUUCUGUGGACUUGGCUCUUGCCCUGUGCUAAUUCCUCACCCCCACCGGUGAUCAGCUGGAGCUCCCCAGUCUCAUCUAUUACCCUGGCUUCUGUUGUGGAAACAAGAAGGCAAGUUUGUGUGUUUCAGGUUACACAGUUACCUGUUUAAUUUUCUUUCCCUGCCCCCUCCGCUUGU